AUGCUGACAGUCGUUCUUCAGAACACAAACUUGGAAAUAAUAAAAACGAAAGCAGGAAAGUGUCUGCUGAGCAGUGAAAUGGUAGAGGCGAGAAAGAGACAGAACUCAACAGCGUACAGACCCGAUAUCCUGCACCAGUGUCUGCUGAUGCUCCUAGACUCCCCGCUGAACAAGUCUGGCGGCCUAAGAAUCCUCGUGGAAACAACGACCAAAAAGGUCAUUACGAUAAACCCGCAGGUAAGAAUACCGCGAGUGUACAGCAGGUUCACAGGCCUUCUGAUCCAGCUCCUGGAGAGGCACAGGAUAUACUCAGAGACAGAGCGUACCGAGCUCAUGAAAGUGUCCAAGGACCCCCUGGAGACGCACCUAGACAGCACGUCCAUACGGAUAGGAAUGUCCCAGAAUGGAGAGAACUUCUUUGAUUUCAUGAAAAACGCCAGAAAAACAAACAACAAACAAACAAAAAGUAGAUUAAACACUCCAGAGGAGAAAGAUGUGACUGAAACGGACCAGAAUAAGCACACAGAAGAAGAGCAGGAGAGCUCGUACAUAUUCUACAUCAACGCAGUUUCAUCGGGUGAAGACCCCACGGAAGGAAUGCACCAUGUCCUGGCUCUCUCGUCCUAUCCUCUCUCAGCUGCAACCUGCUGCUCCAAAGUGUGUACACAGUUCGAGGAGCUAUUGAACGUCUUCUGA